AGGGGUUGCCUUGUGAAAAAAAAGGAGGUUUUUGUCGAGAUCUUUGUAAUUGGUCUUCGAAAUUCUAUAGCAAGACCCUUAUUAGGGUUUUAACACAGAAUUUCAAUCAAUUUUAGAACUUGAGAUGGAGAGGUUUGCUCUAAAACUCAGUGCGUGCACUUCAAAAAAACUCAAGAGAGACAUUGAUGGUCAAGAUAGAAUAAGUGAGCUACCUGAUGAAAUUUUGGUCUCGGUUCUGUCUUGCAUGACGAUGAAAGAAGCAGCAAAAACUAGUGUGAUUUCUCGAGGAUGGAAAAAACUUUGGACUUUCUAUCCGUGUUUGGAGUUUGAUGGGUCACAGGCAAUGCUUAAGUUUGCUCACCCGAUUAAUGGACGCAAAGGGAAGAAAAUUUAUGUUUUCGAAAGGUCAAGGUACCUAAAUUGGGCGAAUCACAUGUUGGAGUCUUGUCGAUUAUCUGCUGCUGCUAUUGAUGAAUUCAAAAUCCACUUUCAUCUAGGUGAAAGUUGUAAACCUGAAAUUGAUGAAUGGGUCAGAUUUGCAUUUGAAAAAAAGUUAAAAGAUUUGAAUUGAACCUAACCGACCAUACUGGCUGGUGUUCUGAUAUGAAUAAUUGUUACCCUCUGUGCUUACAGACACUAUGUUUGCCUAGUUUUAUUGACAUCUCUUAUACUGAAACAAGUAGAUGGAAGUGGUGAAGCUCUUGCCUACUUUAUAUCCAAUAGUCCAUUUCUUGAAUGCCUAUGUGUGGAAGGUUCUAAGUCUCUCGUUCAUCUGAGAGUUGUCGGUCCAUCACUCUGUUUGAAACACUUGAAGAUAAUUUUCUAUUUAUGCAUGCAAAGUCUGGAAAUUGAUGCUGCCAACCUUUUUAUCACUCAAAUAUAGUGGACCUAAGAUAAAGAUUCCCACUAUGAAUGUCCUGAACAUUACCCAAUUAUCAAUUGGGAGGAGGGGUUUGAAACAUUUUACUCGUAAGAUGCUUGGGAUGCCAACGGUUUCAACUCAGCUAGAGAUGCUUGCAUUUUCUAUGGCAUCUGUUGAGAAAUGGAUGAAGAAGUAUGAAUACCCCAUAUUGAGCCACCUCAAGCAAUUGGAGCUAAGUCUUUUUGCACGUGAUGAUGAAAGCCUUCUUCACUUCUCGUCGUUGAUAAAUGCUCGCCCUUUACUAAACAAGCUGUCAUUGGAGCUUUUUUGGAUGAAGCCUAAUGUAAAAAGGAAAGCGAAGAAAGCUAAAAAAUGUCCCCACCAUAGCCUGAGGGUGGUGAACAUCACUGGGUUUGUUGGGAAAACAAUAGAUACUGAAUUCUGCAUCUACUUGAUCAAGAAUGCCGUCAUGCUUGAGAAGAUUACCCUCGAUGCUCGUCCUCCCAUUGAAGAGUCAAGGCUCCAUGAUAAGAAAGAAGUGGAGAAGGUAAAUGCCGCUAGAGAACGUGCCGAGUGGCUCAAGUCUAAAUAUUUUCUCGGAGGUAAGUUAGUAUUCUGUUUUCCCGAUAAUUGAAUGUUUAUUUGUUUGUAGCAUAGAUUAAUUAUUAUAUAACUUUUUUUUUAUAGAAAUUUAAGCCUCAU